AUGGCUGCCCCGAGAUGUAAGGCCGUCUACAAGAAGAAAGAUGGCAUCAUCACUCUCACCGACGACCAGUCAUCCGUCACCUGGACCCCUCUGCCUGGCACCGGCACCCCGACCGUCUCGCUCUCCAUCUUCAAUAUCACAAACCUUCAGAAGACCCCAGACAGUGCAGCCAAGGUGAUGCUUAAGAUAUUUGAGAAGGCCCCCAACACGGAUGGCGAUCCGGUGCCCUACCUCUUCCACUUCAAUUCCCCGGAUGAUCCUAGAGCUGAAGCCAACGUGAUCAAGGACAUCUUGUCUAGACUGAUCACUGAAGUUCGCAACACCGAUCCUUCGGUGCCAAAACCUGCCACUCCGGCUCCCACCAAUGGCACACCUGCCAGCGCUCCAGAUCCCAAGGCGACCGCUGCUUACUUAUUCGAUGACAAUCACCUGAAACUGGACAUUGAAUUGCAGCAGGCCUUGUUGAGGAAAGACGGCGAGCUGCACAAGACCUACAUGGAUGCCAGGGCAACCAAGCCUGACAGUAUCGGCGACGCUGCCUUCAACAACCAAUUCUGGUCUACCCGCACCAACCUCCUCCGCGCCUUCGCUAUCGAUGUUAAUCAAAAGCGAGGUUCCUACAACAUCUUGCCCACUUUCAAGACCAAGACCAUCCAGGACGCUGAGACGGGCGAGGAGAGGGUCGAGCUGAAUAUUCAUCAGGCCGAGAUCCUUCAGAUCUUCAACCAGCACCCGAUCGUGAAAAGGGCCUAUAAUGAGAAUGUGCCCAAGCUGAGCGACGGCGACUUCUGGUCCAGGUUCUUCUUAUCCAGGCUUUGUAAGCAGCUCAAGGGCGAACGAGUGUCGGACACGGACAGGCGCGAUCCUGUCUUCGACAAGUAUGAUGCCUCUGAGGAUCGUAGUGCGUAUACGAGCAAGAUCCUGGCGGCUCACGUGCCCCACAUUAUUGAUGUCGAGGGAAACGAGGAAAACACGGGUAGUGUCAAGAGCGGCAACCGCAAGGAUAUUGAAAUGCAGCCCAAGAAGAACAUACCCAUCAUCCAGGUGCUGAAUGCGACCAGCGAGAAGCUGCUCUCCAACGUAGCCCCCACAGACGGUGGCCCGGAAGACGCACCCACCGCCGAGGACACGACCUGGCGGGAGCUGGCGCUCCGUGACCUUAGAGGGGACAAGGAAGAGAACAGAAUCAUUCUCAAUGUCAAGGAGCAGAGUCGUUUCUUCUCGGAGCAAAACCCAUCCACAUCUGCGAACGACAGGGUUUAUGAGAAGCAAGUACCCUCAGUGGUCAUAGCAGAUGUCUCCUCGGAUAUCGACUUACUAAGAGGAGACUCAUCUGGCGGGGUUGACAUCCACGGAAGCAUCGGAAUAGACGAGGAUAGCGAUACCGAUGACGAUGCACCCAAGAAACCUCAUGUAGGGUCUCGAGCAGCAAGGAAAGCGGCGCAGAAACAGGUACUCAGAGGAUUGGCGCAGAGCCGGGCGGAGCAGUACGGUCACAGUUCGGAUGAGAACACGCCCAUGGGGAUACCAAAAGACCUCAAGGACAAGUGCAAGCUCACGAAUGCCACCACCAAUGAGUUUCUCAAGCAAUUUUGGAAUGCGUUCCUGUCGGGAGACCCGGACCGGGCCCAGGAGCUAGGAUAUCACGUGGACUCGUUGAGGAGGUCAACGAUGCGCAUCGAAGCGAUAGCGGACGAGGCUGAGCAGUUUAGGAACAAGCUGAUCGAAGAGGAGAGGAAAAGGAUUAGGGAUCACUACCAGAAAACCAAAAUCAAGCAGCGCUUCAAGGCAGACUCGGUCGGCGGUGGCCGGGCUGCUGUCCUGACGCUACUCGGCCCUUCCAUGGCAGCUCUCGCUAAAGCGCAGAGCUUGUACAAGGCAGCAUUGGAGCAAGAGGGUCUCACAUUAUCGACUGAGAAUGAUUGA